GAGCGAUACGCUGUAGUGGCGUCGGGAAGCCUGUGCCAUGUGUGGCUCCGGUACGGCUCCUGCAGCAUUAUCAGAUACAGGAACCUCAUCGUGGUUGUCGCGUGUGAUGGAAGCAUGCACUAACGCUUGUAAUGCAAGUGCAUAUAUUAGAGGCUUAGUUCACGUUUUCACCCCGGCAAAUCCUGCAGAGAGGACUUCUCUUCUUACCAAACUUCUAUCGUGGUAUGGACGAUUGAUCUUUCAGGGUGCAUUGGUCGUUGAUAAUUCUACAGACCGUUAAGCGUUUAGAUUAUCGAAGGUUCAUUGAACUUAUACUGCGGAAGCGUGUAUCAUGAAUCUCCUAUGUUUAUCUGACAGAGCCUCCUUCAAAAAUGUUUGGGAACGAAGACAAAACCAAACGCUUAGUUUCGUUGAUCCAGGAGAUGCUAUGCGCUCGACUAAAAUUCGACGUCGACCAGCCCAUCGACGAAAAUCAGUCACAGCUUAUGGCCAAGAGGAACGGCGAUGCCCAGAAGGCCAUGGAUCUGAUGCAAAAGCUGUACGAUGAUGACAAAUACUGGGCAGAAGUCAUGGUCGAUACUCCCAACACUUUCCGCUAUCACCUGAGACCCAUGAUGGUCAAACUAGCACAACGAUCCGGCAAGCUACCUCAGUCGCUGUAUGUUGUAACCAGGGUCAAGUGGACCUCACCCGCCAAGAACGGUGGCUUCGCAGACAUCUACAAAGGCACUCUGGGUUGGCUUCCUGGUGGUAGGGCAGUUGCUAUCAAGCGAAUACGUUGGGAUCCAUCUUUGAGUGAUGCGACACUGCGACAAACUGAAGAGCGUUUCAAAUUGGAAAUCCUUGUUUGGACAAAGAUGCGCCAUCCUAACGUCGUCCCUCUACUUGGCAUAGCCAAGAAUUCCCAUUUACUAUCUAUCGUUCUGGAAUGGUAUCCAAACGGCAGUCUUGCGAACUAUAUAUCUGACAAUGCCGCUGAAAUCGACUCAAUGCAGCUAUAUGCUUGGAUAAAACACGCAUCCGAAGGUCUAGCUUACUUACACAGCGAGCGCAUUGUGCAUGGUGAUGUGCAGUGGCCGAACAUUCUGUUACAUAGUUCUGGAGUCGCUCAGCUGACAGACUUUGGCUUGUCUGUUCUCGCUUAUGAACAUAGUCACAGUUACAAUUCCGCUCGAGAUGGAAGAGAGCGAUUCCUGGCACCAGAGCAAUUAGAGCCUCAGAAGUAUGGCUUUUCUUCGUCCCGACCUACGUUCAACAGCGACGUGUUCUCGUUCUCCUUCACGUGCACUCAGAUAUUCUCUGGGACGAAGCCAUUUGCGGAGAGCGAGGAUCCCAAGAAACUGAUACUCGAGGGACAGAGACCAGCUAGGCCCAAUAGACUUGGCUCAGAUGAACUCAUGAAGGAUGAUCUAUGGAAUCUGCUUUGCAGCUGCUGGGAGGAAAUACGAUAUGGCGACGGAAGUGCACGACCGGACAUGACUGACAUCGCAGCGAGAAUCCCAAGCAAAUAAUGCUGUCAUAACGUUCAAAGCAUGUUUUACAUAUAUCGGAUAACAAGUAUUGAAAUUGAAUGACAAUUAGUUGUAAAUAACGGCGUAUAUAUUGUAGUGCUAAGAAGUACAUGGAAGACAGUCGAG